GACAUUCAAAGGAUCCAAUCUAACAAGAAAUGGAACUCUGAGGAAAAAAGAAACAAAGAUAGAAGUCCCCAUCGCUCACACCUAACCGAGCAUAUGAUGACACAUACUGGAAAAAAACCACAUGAGUGUUCUCAGUGUGGGAAGGUCUUUAGUCACAUGUCUGAUCUCAAGAAACACCAGAGGAUCCAUACUGGGGAGAAGCCGUAUCAGUGUUCUCAGUGUGAAAAGGCCUUUAGCCAAAUAGGUCCUCUCAAGACACACCAGAGGAUCCACACUGGGGAGAAGCCGUAUCAGUGUUCUCAGUGUGAAAAGGCCUUUAGCCAAAUAGGUCCUCUCAAGACACACCAGAGGAUCCAUACUGGGGAAAAGCCGUAUCAGUGUUCUCAGUGUGGAAAGGCCUUUAGACACAUGUCUGCUUUCAAGACACACCAGAGGAUCCAUACUGGGGAGAAGCCGUAUCAGUGUUCUCAGUGUGAAAAGGCCUUUGGCCAAAUAGGUCCUCUCAAGACACACCAGAGGAUCCAUACUGGUGAAAAGCCGUAUCAGUGUUCUCAGUGUGGAAAGGCCUUUAGCCAAACUUCUAGCCUCAAGAGACACCAGAGGAUCCAUACUGGGGAAAAGCCAUAUCAGUGUUCUCAGUGUGGAAACUCCUUUAAGGACACUUCUAGCCUCAAGACACACCAGAGGAUUCAUACUGGGGAAAAGCCGUAUCAGUGUUCUCAGUGUGGAAACUCCUUUAAGGACACUUCUAGCCUCAAGAGACACCAGAGGAUCCAUACUGGGGAAAAGCCAUAUCAGUGUUCUCAGUGUGGAAAUUCCUUUAAGGACACUUCUAGCCUCAAGACACACCAGAGGAUUCAUACUGGGGAAAAGCCGUAUCAGUGUUCUCAAUGUGGAAACUCCUUUAAGGACACUUCUAGCCUCAAGAGACACCAGAGGAUCCAUACUGGGGAAAAGCCAUAUCAGUGUUCUCAGUGUGGAAACUCCUUUAAGGACACUUCUAGCCUCAAGAGACACCAGAGGAUCCAUACUGGGGAAAAGCCAUAUCAGUGUUCUCAGUGUGGAAACUCCUUUAAGGACACUUCUAGCCUCAAGACACACCAGAGGAUUCAUACUGGGGAAAAGCCGUAUCAGUGUUCUCAUUGUGGAAAGGCCUUUAGCCAAAUAGGUCCUCUCAAGGCACACCAGAGGAUCCAUACUGGGGAAAAGCCAUAUCAGUGCACUACUUGUGGGAAGAGUUUCAGUAGGAAAUCAUAUCUCACCUCCCAUCAGAUCACACACACAGGAGAAAAGCCCCAUCACUGUUCAGAGUGUGGGAAGGUCUUUAGUCACAUGUCUGCUCUCAAGGUACACCAGAGGAUCCAUACUGGGGAAAAGCCGUAUCAGUGUUCUCAGUGUGGUAAGGCCUUUAGCCAAAUAGGUCCUCUCAAGAAACACCAGAGGAUCCAUACUGGGGAAAAGCUGUAUCAGUGUUCUCAGUGUGGAAAGGCCUUUAGCCAAAUAGGUCAUCUCAAGACACACCAGAGGAUCCAUACUGGGGAAAAGCCGUAUCAGUGUUCUCAGUGUGGAAAGGACUUUAGACACAUGUCUGCUCUCAAGACACACCAGAGUAUCCAUACUGGGGAAAAGCCGUAUCAGUGUUCGGAGUGUGUGAAGGCUUUUAGUACAAUUGAUCAUCUCAAGACACACCAGAGGAUCCAUAGUGGGGAAAAGGCGUAUCAGUGUUCUCAGUGUGGAAAGGCCUUUGGUACAAUUGAGCAUUUCAAGACACACCAGAGGAUCCAUACUGGGGAAAAGCCGUAUCAGUGUUCUCAGUGUGAAAAGGCCUUUAGCCAAAUAGGUCAUCUCAAGACACACCAGAGGAUCCAUACUGGGGAAAAGCCGUAUCAGUGUUCUCAGUGUGGAAAGGACUUUAGACACAUCUCUGCUCUCAAGACACACCAGAGUAUCCAUACUGGGGAAAAGCCGUAUCAGUGUUCGGAGUGUGUGAAGGCUUUUAGUACAAUUGAUUAUCUCAAGACACACCAGAGGAUCCAUACUGGGGAAAAGCCGUAUCAGUGUUCUCAGUGUGGGAAGGUCUUUAGUAACAUGUCUGCUCUCAAGACACAUCAGAGGAUCCACACUGGGGAAAAGCCGUAUCAGUGUUCUCAGUGUGGAAAGGCCUUUCGCCAAAUGGGUCAUCUCAAGACACACCAGAGGACCCAUACUGGGGAAAAGCCGUAUUAG